GCCAUACCGGGCCGGGCUAUUGGCGUUUACUCGCGGUCUCCCGCUAGUAGCUCGUGGAGAGUCUGACACGGGCUAGCUACGGCAGUAGAUAGCAUGCGGGAGUCGAUACACACCCUUCACUGUGGCUUCAUGUGCCUCCAAGGUACACAGAGCAAGCGGAUCAGGUCGAGGUGAGCCUUUAAUAAUAGAAUUCUUGCACCUGCUCUUCUUUUUAGCCUUUAUGUACAUAGUACAUAGCUAUUGCAAUAACUCCAGUGGACAGAGGUAGAAAGAGAAAUUGUUCAUUUUUCACGCUAUCCCAAUCUCGCCACAGGGGGUCUUGGAGGGUCAGAAGGUAGGACCAGCUCUCAGGACAGUGACGGACAAGAGUCGUCGUGUCAUCGGAGGAGCAGUGGUGUGAGCAGCAGUGGGUCAGCCGCCAGCCCCAGUAGAGAGGGAGAGGGAGGUGUGGAGUGUCCAGGGACAGACAGUCUGAGGAGACAGAGACCGGUUGAUAUCAUCACCUCCGCAGACGGAGGAGACCUGGAGGACAGCCUGAAGGCUCGCCAGGCCUUCCAGGGAAGGACCGCAGCCUCCCUGCCCCUCCCCCCACCCAAGAACGGAGUCUUCAAGAUGUCAUCCAAGGCAAGGCUGCAGAGCCUGCUGACACGGAUCGCAAACCAGGACGAAUUUUACUCCGGACUGGAUGAGUGCAUUCCGGACACUUGCGGGGAAAACGGGCCGACUUCUUUUGAACCGUUUGAAGGAUCUCCUUCCUCUCAACCUCCUUCCCUCUAUGGCAUAAAAUCUGCCUCAGUGGACUCUCCGUUCUUCCACAUGUCAAGUCUUGUCUCCAGAGAUGGCAUAACACCCAAAAGCGGCGGAGCUCGGAUGUUCCCAGGGAAAAAGGGCGGAGUUUGGACUCUGAACCUCCUCGACGGGAAACUGUUUCUCUUUAAGACCAGUCCAAAUUCGGAGCAGCCUGUAGAGGUGGACAAGGAGGACGAGACCGAGUUGAUGGAGGGGAUCGAGCUGGCAAAGCUCCUGAGUAGAAUGACUUCACCUGGCACACCUAACUACUACUUCAACCUGCCAGCACGAGUCCUGGACGCUCAAGUGGACCACCCCCACGUUACCCCAGUCUAUACUCCACCCACGGGGCCAAAGUAUAGUCUCUACCGACAAAACGACUCCACGAAGAUGACUCCGACGGAGUACGUCCUGCACCACGACACUGUGUUCUUGGUCCUGGAUGAGAACCAGGUCCCCCCGAUCAUUAAUGCCAUCACACAGGACGAGAUGAUAGCAAACCUGGAAAAACUCGCCGACGAAGGAACCAAUUUCCCCGACGCCUCCUUCAACCCCGUCGUCAACAUCAAAUACGAGGCGGGUCAUCGCCACUCCGCCUCAACCCCCAACAACAUCGCCAUCUACUUCACAGGGAAACACAACAAGUAUCGUUACUACGUGACGACAGACGCCAAGGGACGACUGAUUCCCCUGCAGAAGGAACUCCCGCUGCCCGCCGAGGAUUGGAAGAAUCACCUGGAGUUUUCCAACAGUUUCUUCACUCCACCGGCUCUGCUAGCUAUGGCCGGAGGAGGAGGCGGAGGGAGCGAGGGACUACCCAGUAUCACUGAGACAGAGACAGAAAAUUGAAAACUGCACAGACGUGUCAAAAUGCCGUUAAUUUUUUCCAGCUGCUUUGUAAAUAAAUUUCAGUGUGUGUGUGUCUAUCAUCAAUCAGCCGUACUGUAUGCUACUUUCAAUUAACAUUCCCGUUUGAAUUAAACUCCUUUCAGUAAAAUAAUAUUAUCUUAAUAAGUCAACCAUUAUUAUUAUAAUACAGAGAAGCCACUUUGUGAACCAUUCUCAGUGUGUGCCUCAUAAUCAGUCAACCAUUAUGUUUGUAAAUUCUCGAAUAAGUCAACUAUUAUAAUUAUUACGGGGCAGCUCUUUUUAUAUAUUUUGACAAAGUGCC